GGGAGGCUGGGAGGGGGAGUAGCAAUGGCUACUUAACCGAGAGUGAACUGCUGUGUGAUCGGGGUCUGCCGCUGUCACACUUGCCGCUCCAGUGGCAGGAAGGAGUCCAUCUCUGUCAAUUAGAGAAGAUCUUCUGGUGUGAUGGAGGCAAAGCACCACUUUUGAUAAUAACCCCGGGAGACAUUUUGAAGACAAACUGGGAGGUUGCUGUUACUGGUCUGCUGAGCGACCCUAAUCUUUCAACAUGACAUCUACAGGUUGUUCUUGAUUUAUCCUUGAUUUAUUUUUUCAGAAUAAGUGCAGCAACAGCUGACGGCCGGUGCCACUUCUCAGGGAUGCUCCCCAGAGGACACCUCAGUGGACAGGAUGAGCCCUACAAACCGGAGCCACUCCCACUGUCGCCCAAGAGGCAAGACCUGCAGGAGAAGAAAACACAGAGUCCCAAAGGGGGCCAAAGCCUGCGCAGAAAGCUGCGGCAGUGCCUGCAGGGACCAGAGGACGACUCCCUUCAUGACCUCUCAUCCGUGGAAACUAUGUGCACCAAAGCUGACAGCAGCACUUCGGCUUGCCUGGAUGGCAUCGGGGCUGUGGAGGACACUCUACCCAGGCUUAUUGAAAAGAUCCGAACCAUCGAAGCGAAAAAGGAGAGGGAGGAUGAGGCGGGAGAGGGAGCCUCUGGCAACAUUGUGGAGCAUAUUCUUAAAGAGCUGAAAGGCAUCAACAAGAUCCAGGAGGAAAUUUCCGACCUGAGGCAGUAUCUAACAUCUGUGCGAGGCUCCGUGGAUGAAGUAUCUUGUUGUGUUGAUGCUGUGCUCAGUGAAAUCGGUGAGCUUUACUCUGGAGCUUCAGCUGCACCUCAUCCUACUCGUGCCACUGAAACAUCACGCAUCAGGCGAGGAAGCCUGGGUAGACAGAACGCCAUCACAUCUCUUCAAGGGAGCGACACUGAUUCACUUUUACAUCGCGGAAAAUGCGGAGAUGAUUCCGGAUGUUUGCCUUCCCACAGAUCACCUAAAGAUUGGCACGUUGAGAGAGUCACUCCCCAACACCGAACCGACCAUGAGAACUCACAGCAUGGUUCAAGCAUGGGCAUGCUCGGCCCUUCUAAACCUGACCCCGGCUACUUGGAUAGGGGCCAUGACUACCAAAGCACCAGCUCUUUGUCCUCGUGCCACAGUUCCAAUUUCCCAGGAGCGAGCCUACUCUCUGGCGACACCGAAUAUGAAGGGUGGCCUUCUGAUGAAAUGCAGCACAGCGUCAGUGGGGAAGGAGCUUGGAGUGAGGAGGACAUUUGCUCUUGCGGGAACAGCGGAGAGGAGCUUGAGAAUGGUCUCGGUUUUUGGAGGACGUGCACCACAGAGGGGACACAAAGCAGCACACCGGGUCAUUCGUCACACAACAGCUCUGAGCAUUUUGCGUUGCUGUUCGGACACCAGCACAACUCUCCUUCCAGUUCUUCCAGUAGGCUUGACUGGAGGCCCCCCAGACUACCAACCGAGGAAGAAAACCUUGACUGCGACUGUUCUGCAAACUGCCCGUACUCCCGUAGCUCUGGUUAUCACACCAUGGAUGCUUGCGCAAACAAAUUGGGCAGUGAGCCCUCCAUGAGUCCGAGUCGCUCUACUGUGCUGUUGACGGACUGCGAUGAUGGUUACCUGCAAUCACAUUCACUGUGCGACGACUGUGCGUCUUGUGACACCCUUGAUCUGGGGUCUGCUGACAGUUUGGACAAGGAGUGGACCGAUCACACCAUCUCCAGGGAUGAAGCAGAAGAUUCAUUGUCACAAGAGUCUUCCGAAAUAGAUCCUGACAGUCCAGCAAGGACACCUAAUGUUGGGGUCAACGUGACCACUUUUAGCAAGGCUGUAUUAACUUUCCGGUCAGCUUUGAAAGGGGCUCUGAAAAAGUUAGAAGGAACCAGCCCUGAAGGUGUUAAAGAUGAUAGUGAAUCUGAAGCCCCUGAAUCCCUUGUCAGAGAAGCCAGUGAUCUGAAGGAGGAGCAGAGCACAACAGAUCUCACAGAGGCAGGGGUCAGUCCAACAGAGAAUCCUACCCAGCUUGCCCCAAAGAAGCAGGGUAAGGCUUCAGGCCAAGUGGAUUAUGGUGAGACACAUGAGGAGAGGUCAUGCUCCCUUCAAGCAUCACCCCAUGAAGCAAUCUCUCCCUGCACCCCGACUAAAUGUCAAUCUGGAGACAUUUCAGAGGACAACAGAGAAUUUCCAACAGAUGGGGAGCCCUCCAAGCUGGCCUUAAUACCUGACAGUUGUCCAGCAAGGCAGGACGAGUGUUGCCCGGGCUCAGGGGUCAGUACAGAGGAGGUGCAGUUAAGUCCAAUCAGAGAGAUCAACGUUCUUGACAAGGAAAAUCCAGGAAUGUCCACAGAUGCCAUUCACAGAGAGCGUAUGGCUAAUUUCCAGCGGAUUUUGAAGGAAAAGCGCCAAACCCGCAAUCAACUGUCCAAAUCUGCUCCGGGUUCCCAGGGGUCCAAAGGCUCUCAAGGCUCUCAGGGAUCCCAAUAUCAAGAUGAGUUUACUCCAGAAUGUUGGAGAGAAGAUGAUCAGGUCCAAGAUGAGGAACCCAAUGCCAGACAAGCUUGGGUCAAACCAGGUGGGGGGUCUGGGCUGUAUGGGAUUGACAGCAUGCCAGACCUGCGUAAGAAGAAGCCCAUCCCCUUGGUCAGCGAUGUGUCUCUUGUACAAGCCAGGAAGGCGGGGAUUGCAUCUGCCAUGGCCGCACGGUCCUCUGUCAAGGAUGGGGAGCUGAAGAACCACGUGUACAAGAAGACCCUUCAGGCUCUCAUCUACCCCAUUUCCUGCACCACGCCACAUAGCUUCGAGGUGUGGACCGCGACGACGCCCACGUACUGCUACGAGUGCGAGGGGCUGCUGUGGGGCAUCGCCCGCCAAGGCAUGCGUUGUUCUGAGUGUGGGGUCAAGUGCCACGAGAAGUGCCAGGAGCUGCUGAACGCCGACUGCCUGCAGCGUGCUGCAGAGAAGAGUUCCAAGCAUGGAGCUGAAGACCGAACUCAGAAUAUCAUCAUGGCCAUGAAGGACAGGAUGAAGAUCCGAGAAAGGAACAAGCCGGAAAUCUUUGAACUCAUCAGGGAGGUGUUCAGCGUCAGCAAAGCCACCCACGCACAGCACAUGAAGACCAUCAAGCAGAGCGUGCUGGACGGGACUUCAAAGUGGUCAGCCAAGAUCACCAUCACAGUUGUUUGCGCCCAAGGACUUCAGGCAAAGGACAAGACGGGAUCCAGUGAUCCAUACGUCACUGUUCAGGUGGGCAAGACCAAGAAGAGAACCAAGACCAUCUACGGCAACCUUAAUCCGGUCUGGGAGGAGAAGUUCCACUUCGAGUGCCACAAUUCCUCAGAUCGAAUUAAAGUGCGCGUGUGGGACGAGGAUGAUGACAUCAAGUCGAGGGUGAAGCAGCGCCUGAAGAGGGAGUCCGAUGAUUUCCUGGGCCAGAGUAUAAUCGAAGUGCGAACGCUGAGCGGAGAAAUGGACGUGUGGUACAAUCUGGAGAAGAGGACGGACAAGUCGGCCGUGUCGGGGGCCAUUCGCCUCCAAAUCAACGUGGAGAUCAAGGGAGAGGAGAAGGUGGCUCCGUAUCACGUGCAGUACACCUGCCUGCACGAGAACCUGUUCCACCACUCGACCGACAUGCUGGGCCAAGGCGCGGUGAAGAUCCCCGAGGCCCGCGGGGACGACGCCUGGAAGGUGUACUACGACGACGUGGCCCAGGACAUCGUGGACGAGUUUGCCAUGCGCUACGGGAUCGAGUCCAUCUACCAGGCGAUGACGCACUUUGCCUGUCUGUCGUCCAAGUACAUGUGUCCCGGGGUUCCCGCCGUGAUGAGCACGCUGCUGGCCAACAUCAAUGCUUUCUACGCCCACACCACCGCCUCCACCAAUGUGUCCGCCUCCGACCGCUUCUCUGCUUCUAAUUUUGGGAAAGAACGCUUUGUCAAGCUUUUAGAUCAGCUGCACAACUCCCUGCGCAUCGACCUGUCGACCUACAGGAACCACUUUCCCGCCAGUAACAAGGAUCGGCUGCAGGAUUUGAAAUCCACUGUGGACCUCCUGACCAGCAUCACUUUCUUCAGGAUGAAGGUCCAAGAGCUGCAGUCUCCACCGAGAGCCAGCCAAGUGGUGAGGGACUGUGUCAAGGCCUGCCUCAACUCUACGUACGACUACAUCUUCAACAACUGCCACGAGCUGUACAGCAGACAGUAUCAGCCCGCCGACGCGAACAAGGAGGAGCUCCCGUUGGAGGAGCAGGGUCCGAGCACCAAGAACUUGGAAUUCUGGCCCAAACUCAUCAUGCUCAUAGUCUCCAUCAUCGAAGAGGACAGGAACUCCUACACACCUGUGCUCAACCAGUUCCCCCAAGAGCUGAAUGUAGGGAAGGUGUCAGCGGAGGUCAUGUGGACAUUGUUCGCUCAGGACAUGAAGUACGCAAUGGAAGAGCACGAGAAGCUGAGGCUGUGCAAGAGCACCGACUACAUGAACCUGCAUUUCAAAGUCAAGUGGCUCAGCAAUGAAUAUGUCAAGGAGCUGCCCAACUUCAAGGGCGUCGUUCCAGACUACCCCUCAUGGUUCUUGCAGUUUGUGCUACAGUGGUUGGACGAGAAUGAAGACGUAUCCAUGGAGUUUAUGCAUGGAGCCCUCGAAAGAGACAAAAAGGAUGGAUUCCAGCAGACGUCUGAGCACGCUCUGUUCUCCUGCUCUGUGGUGGACAUCUUCACGCAGCUCAACCAGAGCUUUGAGAUCAUCAAGAAGCUGGAAUGCCCCGACCCUAAUGUCAUGGCUCAGUACAGUCGCCGCUUCUCCAAGACUAUUACCAAAGUUCUCCUGCAGUACAGCGCCAUUCUGACCAAGAGUUUUCCUACCUAUAUCGACAAGGAGAAGAUUCCGUGUGUCCUGUUGAACAAUGUGCAGCAGUUACGAAUCCAGCUGGAGAAGAUGUUUGAGUCGAUGGGCGCCCAACAGACCGACAAGGAGAAGUUGGAGAGCGCUGAUGAAGAGUUGGAGCCUGCUGGUAAAAAGAUGGACCCUGAGGCCAGUGUCUUGCUGAACGACCUGCAGGUGAAGCUGAACAACGUGCUGGACGAGCUCAGCAGGACCUUCGGGAACAGUUUCCAGAACCGCAUCAAUGACUGCAUGCGACAGAUGGCGUCGCUCCUGUACCAGAUCAAAGGGCCGCUCAACGACAGCAACAAGAACCAGGUGGACGCCGACUCUGACAACAUGCUGCGGCCACUCAUGGAUUUCCUGGAUGGAAAGCUCACACUGUUUGCCACCGCGUGCGAGAAGACCGUAUUGAAGCGCGUGCUCAAGGAGCUGUGGAGGAUCGUGAUGGGCAGCCUGGAGAAGACCAUCGUCCUGCCUCAGGGCAGCGACACCUUUGGGGCACAGAUUCUCUCUGCUGCGAAGGAACUGGGCCAGCUCUCCAAACUCAAGGAUCACAUGGCAGGGGAGGCUAAGAGCCUGUCUCCCAGGCAGUGUGCCGUCAUGGACGUGGCACUGGACACUAUCAAGCAAUACUUCCACGCGGGAGGCAACGGGCUUAAGAAGGCGUUCCUAGAGAAGAGCCCUGAGCUGUCGUCGCUACGCCACGCCCUGUCGCUCUACACCCAGAGCACGGACACACUCAUCCAGACCUUUGUGACCACCCAGCAUGCACAAGUGCACGGUGGGAAGGGCAUGAGGAUAACUCCUAGUGAGAAAAUACAGCCCAGCAAGGGUCUGGCCGUGGACAAGCCGAUCGGCGAGGUGUCCGUCCAGAUGGAGCUGCACACUCAUCCUGGGAAAGGGGAACGGAAAGUCGCCGUCAAAGUUAUCGGAGCCAACGACUUGAAGUGGCAAACGUCGGGCAUGUUCCGGCCCUUCGUGGAGGUCACCAUGAUCGGGCCUCACCUCAGCGACAAGAAGCGGAAAUUCCAGACCAAGUCGAAGAACAACAGCUGGUCUCCCAAGUACAACGAGAGCUUCCAGUUCGCCCUUGGUAACCAGGACGGCUUCGAGUGCUACGAGCUGCAGGUCUGCGUCAAGGACUACUGCUUCGGGCGGGCCGACCGCGUGGUGGGCGUGGCCGUGGUGCAGCUGAGGGACGUCGCGGGGAGGGGCACGUGCGCGUGCUGGUGCCCGCUGGGCCAGCGCAUCCACAUGGACGACACAGGCCUCACGGCCAUGCGCAUCCUGUCGCAGCGCUCCAGCGACGACGUGGCCAAGGAGUUUGUGAGGCUCAAGUCAGAGACGCGCUCGGCCGAGGAGGGCAGAUGAGGGGAGCUGGAGGGAGGGAGGAGGGGGUGUGGGGGCAGGUAAUAGACAUGGGAUGUCAUGUGACAGUUUCUUUUUAUCAGAGACGGACAGCUGGACUCUUUUGUACGGACCUGUUUGUGUCUUAGCGGCGCCGACACGCUUCUAAGCCAGCUGCCUCUCCAAGGCGGUGAGCGUUUACUGUCUUUAUGCCCCCCCUCUCCCGCUCCUCUAGGCCGGGCCAAACAGUUUCAGCAUCUCACUAGUGUUGUUAUUUUUUGUCCAAUAACUCCUUCACACACACACACACACACACACACACUGUGGCCGUGGGUUUUUAUGCCUUACUGUGAAUGAAUGUGUGACAAAAAGGUUGUAGUUUGGAUUCCAGAAGAAUUUAUUAGGGAGCAUCUCCUUCCUCCCAGAUGAUGAAAUAUCACAAGUGGUGUCCCAAGAGAAGGGACUCGAACUCUCACCUCUUAGUUCAAAUCAUCCGGUUAAAUGUGUGCCUUGCCAUUGAGUAUGGGACUGUCUGUGGUCAUGUGACGUCAGCGUGGGAACCCGUUUGUAAGCUCCACUAGCAGCUCCAGUGUAACCAAGACGGUGCAGCCGUUUUUAUUUAUUAAUUUUAAUACAUAUUUAUUUUUCAAAUCGCCGUCCACCUGCCAGGUCGCUGUGACUCGAGCUGUUUGUUCAACCACGACACGCAUUCAGUCAUAUUCAAAGUGACGGUGGAGACGACAGCGAGAGUUGUAUUUAUAGAAACAUAUGCUCAAACUUUCAGGUGACUGUUUUCUUCCAAAAGAACUAAUAAAUGAUAUCUGAACGUGUAGAUUUACAUUACUGCUCGGUUUAUGAGUGGCCUUACUUACAUGGGGGAAAACAAGUGAAGUCUUUUAAUUUAUUUACCAUUUCCUUGUAUGUCCGAUGAGGACUCGGCCAGUUGUUGUCAUUUAGUCUAUUUGUUGCCCAUAAUGAUGUCCAAUAUGUGAUGCUCGUUAUCAUUUCAUAACUUUUUAUCUUUGACAUUGCAAAAAAAGUUGCAACUGUAUUUUGUGUUUAUAAAGUGUGUGUGUGUGUGUGUGUGUGUGUGUGUGUGUGUGUGUGUGUGUGUGUGUGUGUGUGUGUGUGUGUGUGUGUGUGUGUGUGAGAGAAACCGAUGUCUCCUCUUUGUUACAGGAAGUGCCACGCUGUGAAUUCUCAUUCUUUGAUAUACACGUUCCUUGUGCCAAGCUACAAAUGUUCACUUUAUUUAUUCUUUAUUUCUUUUCUUUUCUAAAUGUGUUAACCCUUGCACUGCCACCGAAUCCCUGCAAUAGUUAACUCUACCAGUAUAUCAGUCAUUGUAACUGCAUUUGUGUUUUUUUUCUUCUCUGUACUGAAAUAUUGUCACAAUGUGAGCAUUCUCAUGAAUUUUGCAUAAAGUAUGACUAUCUAUAAACAUCUUGACCUGUUUAUUCUCAGUGCAGUAGGACAUUCCUCGUUGAUUGCUCAGUUAUUUUCCACCUGAGAGAGAGAGAUUCUAAAUCAAGACAUUUGUAUAAUCUAGUAAAAAUACUAGGGUCUGAACC